AUGCUGCAUGCCUACAUGUUAUCGCACCGCACUACGCCACUACUUAUGAUAAAUCCUUAUUUAAUUCUAGCAGGCAAUGGAGCAGUCAUCCACUAUUCCACAACCGAUGGGCAAGAAGAAGAGGAAGCUUCUCAUAGCGACGACAAUGGUAGCAGCGUUCAACUCCUCAACAACGCUAAUACGGUCUCUGAUGUAGCUGUCAAAGAAGCAAAGAAUUCGUUGCCAGACCUUCGAAGCUGUCAGGGAAGGCGCAGUCCGAGAACCCGCAGACGAAGCGUAAACCUCUUGCAGAUGACGCGUCACAAGGGCCGUCAUCAGCUAAGAAAUCGCGAGUCCGGAUCUCGAACAUGA